CACCGUACGAUCACUGGCGACUGCUCUGACGUCAGCGCGUAUUCAGAUCGUAGGAGCGUGGUCUCGCCUGUCCUUCACAUCCUUCUAGGCUCGCCUCCCAAACGCAGCAACGAUGGCUCUGCUCAAGUCCAGCAAGAUGGUCUACUGCCUGGGGAACAUCUCCCCGUCCCUGGGAGUCCUGUCCACCCGCAACAGCUCCUGGUGGGGUGGAGUGCAGAUGGGUCCCCCUGAUCCCAUCCUGGGGGUGACUGAAGCCUUCAAGAAGGACACAAACCCCAAGAAGAUGAACUUGGGAGUGGGAGCCUACAGGGAUGAUCAAGGAAAGCCUUUUGUCCUCAGCUGUGUUCGCAAGGCAGAGGCUAUCAUUGCAGCUAAACAGUUGGAUAAGGAGUACCUUCCCAUUGGUGGUUUGGCUGAAUUCAGUAAAGCCUGUGCUCAGCUGGCUCUUGGUCCCGAAAAUGAGGUUUUGAAAAGUAGCAGAAGCGUCACAGUCCAGACCAUCUCAGGAACUGGAUCUCUGCGUAUUGGAGCCAACUUCUUGGCUCGAUUCCACCCUGGGCCACAUGAUGUGUACCUGCCCAAACCCUCCUGGGGGAACCACACACCCAUCUUCAGAGAUGCUGGCAUGCAGCUCAAAGCUUACCGCUACUAUGAACCUUCCACCUGUGGCUUUGACUUCAAAGGAGCUCUGGAUGACAUCUCUAAAAUCCCAGAGCAGAGCAUCAUCCUGCUGCAUGCAUGUGCCCACAACCCCACUGGUGUGGAUCCAAGGCCCGAGCAGUGGAAGGAGAUUGCUGACAUUGUGAAGAAAAGGAACCUACUCGUGUUCUUCGACAUGGCCUACCAGGGCUUUGCAAGUGGAGACAUUGAUCGCGACGCCUGGGCUGUCCGCCACUUCAUUGAAAACGGUCACAACAUUGUGCUGUCACAAUCCUUUGCCAAGAACAUGGGACUCUAUGGUGAACGUGUCGGAGGCUUCACUGUCGUGUGCAAAGAUGCAGAGGAGGCAAAGAGGGUGGAGUCUCAACUCAAGAUCCUCAUCAGGCCCAUCUACUCCAACCCACCAGUGAAUGGUGCCAGAAUUGCAGCAACUAUUCUCAACACGCCAGAGCUGCACUCACUGUGGCUGGAGGAGGUCCAUGGUAUGGCUAACCGCAUCAUCAAGAUGAGAGAGCAGCUGGUGGCCGGUUUGAAAAAGAAUGGCUCCUCCCACAACUGGCAGCAUGUCAUCGACCAGAUCGGGAUGUUUUGCUUCACAGGACUCAAGCCAGAACAGGUCGAGCGCUUGACAAAAGAGUUCUCAGUGUACAUGACCAAGGAUGGCAGAAUUUCCAUGGCAGGUGUGACCUCUGGAAACGUGGGCUACCUUGCAGACGCGAUCCACGCAGUCACCAAGUAGAGUGGAUCGUGCUGGGAGAGCAGCAAAAAUCAGAAGGAGCAGCACUAAAGAGGAGCUUCAAGCGCCAUUUAUUCUGUCUCCUUCAUUCCACCUUUAGAAAACUUCCUUUUUUUUCUUUUCUUUUCUUUUUUUUCUAAGUUGUAGCCUUUUUGUUUCCUGACUGGCUUUCAUCAUGAGUUAAAUUUGGAACGGUUGCUCUUGUUACAGGCUCUGUUUUCCAGUUACACUUUCUUUCCUCUACAUUUCACUAAAGGCUUCCCCUGCCAAAUUGAGAGAUUUCUUCCCAUGACUGAAUCAUCUUUGCUUAUUUAUUAUCAGAAAUAAACUGUUGGCUGUA